AUGGCCCGAAUGGUUCUGCUCUCCGUCCUCGCCCUUCUCGCUCUCUCGUCAAUCUUCUCGCUUCCUCCCACCGCGCUAGUCGCCGCUGUCUCAGACAGACGGCAGCUAGUGACAUCAGCCGGCGACAGCUUUCAGCUGACCGGCGACUCGGAGGCGGAACAGGCAGACUUCCUGCGUCAGUCCGAAGCGGAAGAGUCCGACUUCCUGCAGUACGAUUCCGAAAGCGCGCCGAUUCAGCCGAACGACGCGCAGCGCGCGGCCCUUCUCUCGCUCAAGUCCGCCUGGGGCUCCGAUUUUUUCAAGGCGGAGACAUGGACGGAUGCGGAAGGGGAACACCAGUGGUGGGGGGUUACUGUAGACUCUGAUGGCGACGUCGUGGCCUUGGAGUUGCCGAACGCGAAUCUGGAAGGCGAGAUUCCCGAGGUGUUGACGAAGUUCUCUGAUCUCGCGACGCUCGAUUUGCGCGGGAACAGGCUUACUGGACGCAUCCCUACGGGAAUAUUUUCAAGCUUGCCGUCGCUGCAGGAGAUUUACUUGAGCGAUAAUCUGUUAGAAGGCAAAGUUCCCUGGAUCGAGUUUUUCUACUCCAAUGACUCCAAGGUGACAACUCUCCGGCUAGAUGGGAAUAGGUUUUCGGGCAAGAUUCGUCCCAAGGCUUUCGAUAACGCGACGUCGCUGCAGGCUAUCUUCUUGGGCAACAACAAGUUUUACGGGAAGAUCCCGAGGAGUCUCGUCAGCUGCAAAGAAAUUUCCGUCAUUGAUUUGAAGAACAACGAGUUUUCGGAUCUGAUGCCGACGACUAUCGCAGGUCUUCCCGCUCUUGAAGUGUUGGACGUUAGCGGGAACAAGCUGAAUGGACCAAUUCCCAGCUUCCUCGGCCGACUCCCCAGUUUAGUCAACCUCGAUUUAAGCAACAACCAAUUUUCUGGUCUCGUACCGGAUUCAUUCCAACUGUUUUCGCACAAAGCGCGCGCGGUGAAAAUCGGAGACAACUUCUUGACGGGCCCUUUGCCUCAGUUCCCCCGCUUCUCCAAAGGCUGCGGCGUUAACGGUGUAGGAGGCUUGGACACCACAUCGUGCUACAUGCUUCGGUCUCUUUUGGAUUUCGAGGGCAACUUCUUUUACGGAAAUUACUCUCUGGACAUUCAGCUGCCCGGCUCGGAAAAUCUUCCUGCCAUGUCAACAGUGUGUCCGUAUGAGUACCCUGAAAGCAUCUACGUGAAUGAUAACUGCCUGAGCUCCACGGAUUUGUGCGAAGCGGAGAAGCAGCGGCCACGUAAGGAGUGCGAUGAGUUUUGCGGGACGGAUCCUGAUUUAGGAACCGAUUGUGUGCAGCGAGACCGAGGCAGGCUAGGGUUUCCUUAUAAGAGGUUCCGAAAGGAGGUCACAAUGGCCACCAAACCCCUGUCGUUGUAUUUGCUCGUUGGUGCAGGUGUAGCUGGCAUGACCGUUCUCGGUCCCGCCGGAUUCGCGGAUCUCCUACGCGACAUUACUCGGGUGGUAUCGAAGCAUCUGAAGACGAUAGAUGAUGGUUCCGACAGCAAGAGAGACCACACAGAUGACGUCAACAUGGCACUUAUCGACCAGGUUCAUAAGCUGAGUCUGCAGGUGCAGCAGCUCUCUAACAACUCUCGACCAAUCACAGUCGUCAAUGCGCCACCUGCACAACAACGAGGGAGCAUUGUGGGGUAUGUGGUGCCGGUGGCAGUCAUUGGUGCAGCCGGCUAUGGAGUCAUGUGGUGGAAGGGCUGGCGGGUAAGCGACCUGAUGUACGUGACGAGGAGGAAAAUGGACCAGGCUGUGAAGCUCUUUGGGGAGAAGGUGACGGAGCUGCAAACAGCCCUCGACACGGCCAAGAAGCAACUGGCGGGGCGGCUGGAGGGAGUGUCCAAGUCGGUGGCCGAGGGGCUCAAGAUGCAGGCUGUUAUCAAGAAAGAUGUUAUCGAGGUGAAGGGGGUGGUUACUUCUGUGAGUCGAGACCUGGACAACAUGCACGGGCUGGUGGAAGGCAUGGAUACCAAGCUCGCCUCGCUCGAGCAGAAGCAGGACAUUGCCACACGCGGGGUGCUGUUGCUCUGCAGCUUCGUGAGCAGAGGGCUGCAGGGCAACCCCGGAAACCAGGAAUUGUUGAAGGGCCUGGCGGACAUGUCUCAAAUGGCCGUGCCACAGCUUGCGGGAGGGAAGGGCGCAGCGGCGGGCGGGGCAGUGGGCCUAUCAGGGUUGAAGGAACUCGAGUUCAUCUCGUCCGCUUUGGAAUCGUCUGUGCACCAUGCAGGGAACCUGCCCCUUGAUCCUGCCUACACCUACCAACCCACUCGCCAAGCCUCCUACCAAGCCUCCUACCAAGCCUCAGCAGCAGGUUUGGAGCAGCAAACCUCUACGCCAGCAGCGGCACCGGCAGCACCAGGAAUCGCGUCCAGACACUCGUUCGGAGCAGGUGGGGCGGCGGCAGCAGCAGCAGCUGCUGCAGCGAUUGCUACAGUAUCAGGGAGAUCCCGAGGGGAAAGUGCACCUGGAUUAGUGGUAGGGGUAGGAGGAGGAUCAGGAGGAGUGCAUGGGUUGGGGGCAGAGCGAGGGAUGAAAGGAGCAGCAGCAGCAACACGUGGCUUACAUACAGCAGCACCUGCAGUGCAGGGGUUGCAUACAACAGGAGCAGUGGCAGAAGCAGCUGUGGUUCAGAGUGUGAGAGAGGCUGGGGAUGCUGUGUUGAAGCGAGGGGUGGUGAUUGAGGAGGUGGGGGAUGGAAGGGAGAGGUAUGGCCGGCCGCGUUCAGCGGAUGAGGUGUCGCCACCUCGUGCUCGUGAAGGAGGACCGGGGGGUUAUCCACCAAGGAAGCUGAGGCAUGCUCGAUUUGGGGACUGA